AUGAUCGCCCCGACACAUCCAUUCCCCAUGUCAUCAAAUAUGACGCCCAGCAGUCAGCGAAUUCAACUGAUCCGAAUGUCGCAACAAGCGGCUAUCCGAAAACCCGAGGAUGAUUGGACCGGUACUACCGAUCGCACUGAACGGAGAAAGUUACAGAAUCGCCUCAACCAAAGAACAUAUCGGAUGCGACAGCAGAACAAAAUCACGGAGGACAAGGCACAGCUCCACAACAGCAAAGGCAUAGUCUUACCACCGAGCUCCACUUCUAUCCGAAUCGACCGAGAUGAAAAGGGAUUUACAUGCAGUAUCGCGCCCCGUCAAUUGCACUCAAUGAUGCGUGAAUUCGAGGCCCUAGCACUGGAAAGCUACAUUCGCAACUCUCCCAACAUCGAUCACCUCCUCUCUCUCUCAAAGCUAAAUAUUCAGCGUGCAAUCAUCGAGAAUACACGCUCCAUUGGCAUGACAAUGGAGUGGAUGGAACGCGAUGACGCUGUCUCCAUUUUCAACACUGAAGUACCUGGCUUCUCCAUGUUAUCAAUACCCUCGAGUCUUCAACCAACAGACUACCAACGGCGCAUCCCUCAUCACCCGUGGCUGGACUUUUUCCCCUUUCACAAUAUGCGUGACAAUCUUAUAGCCGUUCAAGACAUUAUCGACGACGACGAUUUGUGUCAUGAUCUGAUGGCAUUCUGGGAUACGAGAAAUACUGGGGCUAGUUUGCUAGUGUGGGGUCCUUCUUGGGAGCCGGAAAACUGGGAAGUCACGCCAGCUUUCCUACUGAAGUGGGGAUUUUUGCUUAAAGGCUGUGAAGAAUUAGUGAUGAAUACUAAUCGUUGGAGAGCGAAGAGGGGAGAGAAGCCUCUUGAUUGGAAAACAACAUUAACUUUGAUAUACCGGUCGCCUAGUGGAUAG